AAAGAGAGAGAGACACACAUGCAUCCUACACACACACACACACACACGCAUCAUACACGCACAAAAGGGAAAGAGACACACAUGCAUCCUGCACGCGCACACACACACACACACACACACACACACACACACACAAACAGUAUAUAUAGUUCCCAUCCUGUUCCUGUGUGAUCAGUUUAAUUAGCUGCUAUUGGAGAAUAAACAAUUGUUGACCAAUCAGAAUCAAGAAUUCUCCUGCAAUAAUAAUAUGCUAAUAUAUGUAUAUUUAUACUGGCCUCUGAUAUAUACUGGCCUCUAUAGAGGAAUAUAUUGACUAAUGGUCAUUACUGAGUCUUCAUCAGCUGUGACUGGAGAAUUGACCAAUCAGAAUCAAGUAAUCCAGUGUAAUAAUGUCAAUAACCGCUUGUUGGUUGUACAUCAUACAGAUAUUCAUUCAUUCUGGCCACAACACUGUAUUUAAAUCAGUAUAUUCACUAAUGGACAAGAUGAUUGGUAGAGUGUGUGUUAUUAGUUUACACUGGAAUGUCUUGAUUGGCCAAUCAGAAUCAAGUAUUCCUGUGUGAUAAUCUGCGAUAACUGGGUGUGUGUUAUCCUGCUGUUCACCUGAUGAUGGAACUGUACUGGGAAAUCCCACUAACCCAAAGGCUCGGCAUGUGAGUGUGUGUUCUGGAGGAGCGCUGUGAGGCUGAUCUUUCUCUAAUGUGUGCGAGUGCUCUGUGUGUUUGUGCUGGAGUAACCGGCCGGUUGUUUUAUGCUGAUCAUUAGCUAAAACAGACAAGCUGCUGCCCCUGGUUUCUCUGAGCCAGGACAAGAGUAGCGGGACCAACAUCCCAAUGAUAACUGAGCUGGUGAACGACUCGAAUGUGCAGUUUCUGGAUCAGGAUGAUGAUGAUGAUCCCGACACUGAGCUGUACCUCACUCAACCCUUCGCCUGCGGGACCGCCUUCGCCGUCAGCGUGCUGGACUCAUUGAUGAGUGCUACGUACUUCAAUGAUAAUAUCCUGACGCUGAUCCGCACGCUGGUGACGGGUGGAGCGACGCCGGAGCUGGAGGGUCUGCUGGCGGAGGAGAACGCUCUGCGUGGAGGAUACAGCACACCACAGACCCUCGCCAAUCGAGACCGCUGCCGCGUCGCCCAGCUGGCGCUUUACGACGGACCCUUCGCCGACCUCGGGGACGGUGGCUGUUACGGUGAUUUAUUCUGUAAAGCGUUGAAGACGUAUAACAUGCUGUGUUUCGGCAUCUACCGGCUGAGAGACGCUCAUCUGACCGCAGCGAGCCUCUGCACCAAACGCUACGUGAUCACGAACCCGCCGUAUGAGUUAUUAUGCACUUUAAUCCUCCAGUCUGAGCACGGCUGA